GCACACGGCGCGCAUUACGUUGUGAGAGAUCUUGGUCGAAGCUGAAAAAAGCGGAGGCUCUCGUACGCGAUCACACCAGCCAUUUGCGCUCGUCAAGACAAGAAAAGAAGUACCUAGAGGUAAUUCAGCAAAAAAUAAGCUAACACACAUUUGUGCUGAAACCUUUUUGAAACGCGCACCAUACGAAGAGGGAAAAAAUACGCAGCACGGCACGAUAAAAUUCAGCAGUAAGUAGAAAAGUGUCUACAUCACGAGGUGUCCGAGCAAAAAGGAUCUUUCGGUGUCGGGUGAAACGAGUUUGCUACUUGCUGCUGCUGUCGUCGUAUCUUGGGCAAUCGAAGAACACAUCUAGCGGUGUGUGAGUGUUCGCCCCUAAUUGUGCGCGUGUGUGUGUACUGUCUUCAGUGUGGGCAAGUGGAAUAAAGAAAAGAUACCCACCGCAACGAACCGUACCAGCGUACCGAAAAGACGCCUCAUCAGAACCAAAAGUGUUUCGCAGGAAGCAAGGAAAGGAGCAGUCAGAGCAACGGAAGUAACAGGCUCUCCACCUCGGGUCCAGAACGGCCGUGUGGUAGUGUUUGGCUGCUACUACGCCAUAGUCCUUUCGCAGCUUCCCUAGGGACAUUCGUGUAUAAGCGCGCGCACGCGACUGUGUGUGUGUGCACAGUGUUAGUAACGGUAGUAAGACGAGAGACACACCUGCAGAGCGUCACCGCGUCCGAGAAGGGACACUUUGUGUGUGUGUGUUUGCGCGUUGCUGGUGUGUGGUCGCAAACCCGCGGCAAAGGCUUCGUUUGUAUUUUGCGCCGCAAUAAUAAGGGGGCUCGUCCGUCGCUACGCCUUCCAGCAGCUCCAGUAAUUGUGUGCGCGCACUAGAAGCCUGGUUCGUACGAGAGUUCUCCAGCGAUUGGGUCCUGCUUUGCCGUUACGCCUUCCACUGUUCCGCCGAUCAGUGAGGAUAAGAGUUGAAGGAGAGCGGUUCGAGGCGGUCUGCGAGGAGGAACGCAAGGAUAAAGCUAAGUUGACUUUAGCGAGCCCAAACGGAUUCCCAACGGCAGAAGAAAGGAUAAGGUAACGAAGCUUGGUGGUGAAGCAGCAGAGAAGUGCAUCAAGCAGCAGAGCGAGUGAGCAAGAGCGAGAAAGGUGACGUGAAGCCUGUUUGGAAAAGGCGCGGAUUCGGGUGUAGUGGGUGUGUGUGUGUGUGUGUGUCUGCUGUAUGUCGAUUUGUUGUUUGUCGUGUGGUUCCUGGUCUCUGUGUGUUUGGGCGUUGUUUGGUGCCAGUUCUGUUCUGUGCAUGUGUGAGUCGGUGAGAUCCGUUGAGAUUCACAAUAGAGGUGGAAAAUAGAAGAAGAGCAGGCUAAAGCAAAGGAAGGAAAGGGUCGUCUUACAACGUUGCCCGGGAGUGUGUGAGUGUGUUGUGUGUGUAUCUUCUGAGAAUCGACUGGAAAGAUCUGCGUGUGAGUGUGUGUGUGUGUGUGUCUCGAAAACACAGGUGCAUCUAAGUAACGGGCCGCCCCCAUGACUUCGUCCCAACCGUCACAAUCGUCCGACGGUCAGCACACGAUAGCCGACAGCGGUACGAUGCUACCGACAGUGGUGGAGAGCGUGUUUAACGCAGCCCGCACCGGAAAUCUUGCUGCACUGAAGAAAUGGACCUCCCGGUUGAUGCCGAACGACCUCAAGACGCUGGUGACGAUGAAGACAAACGGCGUCACACCGCUGCUAAUUGCGUGCCGCAAUGGCCACUUUGACGUGGUGCAGUACCUGAUCAAGCGCUGCCACGCCGACGUCGAGCAGGCCGGUUCCGUCAUAUUCGACGGGGAAAAGAUCGAGGGCGCACCGCCGCUGUGGUGCGCGUCGGCCGCCGGUCACACGAACAUCGUGAAGCUGUUAGUCCAAAACGGUGCCAAAGUGAACAGUACGACCAAAACGAACAGUACCCCGCUCCGGGCGGCCUGUUUUGACGGGCACUACGAAAUCGUGAAGUAUCUCGUAUCGCAAGGUGCAGACAUCGAGGUCGCAAACCGGCACGGACACACCUGCCUGAUGAUCGCCUGCUACAAGGGACACUUCAAAAUCGCACAAUACUUGCUCUCGCUCAAAACGGAUGUGAACCGGCGUAGCGUGAAAGGCAACACGGCCCUGCACGAUUGCGCCGAGUCAGGUUCGCUGGAGAUCUUGCAGCUGCUGCUGCAGCACGGUGCUACGAUGGAUGUCGAUUCUUACGGAAUGACCCCCCUGCUGGCAGCGAGCGUUACCGGACAUCUGCCGAUCGUGGAACACUUGAUCAAGCUACCGUUCGUGUCGCGGGAGGAUAGGAUCGCCGCCCUGGAACUGCUCGGUGCUACGUAUGUCGACAAGAAGCGCGAUAUGCUUGGAGCACUAUCGUUCUGGAAGCGUGCUAUGGAGGAUCGCUACAACAACAGUCCCGUGCUGCCGAAACCGACGCGCGAACCACUGUCCCCGUACGAUUACGUGCAGGAGGUGAACAAUCUCAGCAUGCUCGAGGAGCUGGUGAUGGACCCGGACGAGAUGCGCAUGCAGGCGCUGCUGAUCCGCGAGCGAAUACUGGGCCCGGUGCAUCCGGACACGAGCUACUACAUACGGUUCCGCGGUGCCGUGUACGCCGAUUCGGGCCGGUUCGACCGGUGCAUCGAGCUGUGGACGUACGCACUGUCGAUGCAGCAGAGCAUCCUGGAACCGCUCAACCCGAUGACCCAGUCGUCCCUGCUGUCGUUCGCCGAGCUGUUUAGCUACAUGCUGGGCGAGGUCGGUCGGCCGAUUACGCGCGGCCGCAUUGUACCGCCGAUCGAAACCUCCGACAUGCUGGUCGUGUUCAAGAAGUCGGUCCGGGAGGUGCAGCUCGGCCAGCAGAUGUUCGAAAAGCUGGCAUACCACGAGCGGGACCAUGGUGCGCUCAGCCGGGCGCUGGUGAUUGCUCUGCAUCUGGCCUGUCUGCUGGUGCGGUUGCUGGACGAGGAGGAGGAGCUGUGCAGCGCAGAGAUGAAGCAUCAGAUCCUACAGGCACUGUACGAUUUGGUGAGCUUAAAGUUUGUAUCGCAAACGGGUAGAACAGCUUUGCAUCUGGCCUGCUACAAGGAUGCGGCCCUGGUCGGACGAUAUCCCGUGUGUCAGCUACCGUCGGCCCGACUCGCCAAGGCUCUGUUGCAGGUAGGAGCCGAUCCGAACGCACAGGACGAUGACGGUAACACGCCGCUGCAUCUGGCUGCCCUGAGCCGACCCUGUCCGCCAGAGCUGGCACAAAUUUUGCUAGAGCAUGGUGCCCAUUUGGAUACGCGAAAUGUGGACGGCGAUUGUUUCGAGACACUGUUGCAAAACCAGCAGCUGCACGAGCUGGUCAACCCAAUCAAGUACACCCGGCUAUCCUGCCUGGCGGCCCGUGCUAUUAGGCGUUACGCAAUCAACUGUCAGGAAGAGAUUCCCAAGUGCUUGCACGCGUUCGUUGACUCGCACUAACGCUUCGUUCAUGCCGUUCCGGGUUACCACAGGCUCGACCCCUGACGCGUCGGGUCGGCGGGAGGGGGGGUCAUAGCUUUACAGCCGCAUGAUCGACUGAGCAGUGGCGUGCAGUGGCGAGUAGAAAUAGAUAGGCUAUGCAAAGUGAAUUUCAAAGCUACAACCAUUCGCUAGAAAGGGUUGGAACCGUCGCUACCACAAUCCCCAAGGUGGUUUUGGGACGUUUGGGAUGAUACUGCAGCAAACGGGAGGGGGUAACACGAGAAUGCCCAUGAGGAGCGAGACGUUUCGGUGCAAAUCAUCAUUCGCUGCCAUUAGUGUGAUCAAAAGCGAUUGUAGGGAUCGCGUACGGGAGAGAGAGAGGGAUAGAGAGUGCAGAAGCGUUACGUGAGGUUGGCUGUCCGAGCUAACGGCCGCGGCCAAAAAAUUCAUUUGAACGGACACAUCCGAAGCAAAUAGCAGUACGGUCCAGUCUGCGCAACGACUCUACGAUGUGAGAUGAGUUUCGGCAGUCCGAUGAUCAGCCAACGAUUUGAGCAUGCUUCAAAACGGCUUUGGAGUGAUCUGGUGACAUCGACGAUGCAACAGGGCUUUCCUUUCAUGUAUCAUUUCGGUGCAGCUGCUGCGCUAAGGUGGGCAGAAAGUUGAACCGUUUUCCUCGAAGAUCGUCCCGCUAACGGUGAUCAUGUGUGCUGCACAAUGUUGAAAUGUAACGCUUUCGAGCACAGUGACCAUCGUAUGCAGAUCGAUAUGUUUGUUUCGUAAUACGUUUUUUCCCGUUGGUAGAUUGGUGUUGGAGCAGUUUUAUUUGAACAAGAAAUUCGGCAAACAAACGUAACACCAAAUUGAGGUAAAUGUUUGCCAACGACAGCUUUUUUUGGAUAUGUUUUGGCUUUUUUGGGUAUUUUUUUUACUUCUUUACUGAUUGAUUCAAAGCAAUGUUAGGACUCAACCAAUUUUUUACUUCCCCGAAAAUGUUGCAUAAAUUCGUCCAGAAGAAGAUACUUUCAUUAACUUGUCAAAGCACUAUCGUUAUGUUAGAUCAAUUAUGAAAUUUCAAGUUUAGUAUUUACGGUGCACACUGUGUCCGAUGAAAAAAGGCAAACAUAGAAUAUGCAAGAAAGGUACAUGAAAAGUUGAAUUAUGUGAGAUUUGCCAGAAGAGGUGGUUUUAAUGUUUAAGAAGACGAUGAGUAGAUAGUGGGUAGGAGAGUAAAGAUAAUUCGUGCGGUGGGAAGGCUUUAUGGAUGGAGCGUUCAUAGAGUACAAGCAAGGGUGCCAGCGAACGGACAGUGGUUGCCGUAGAUCCUCUCAUCCCACUGCAAGAAGCUUUCUGUUAAUAAUGAUUCAAAACCGUGUGAUAGCGACGAGAGAAGGACGGCCAGAGAGGUAUUGAAGUGCAAAAUCGUAAAAACGGUUCGUGAGAGAUGCGUUUUGGCGAGAGAGCAAACAUAUUAUCUUUGGUUCUGCUUUUUUGUCUGCUUUUAGUUCAUAAUAGAUCUCGUGUUUUAAGCAAAUUCCUCAAUAAACGAAACCUCACAUAAUAUUAAUGCCAUAUACAGUGCAUCAUGCUUCCCGCCAAGGACAUAUGCUGAGAUGAUGGUUGGUUGUACGCGUCAAGAAAAUAGGAAGCUAGCUAAGCACAUGAGUUAGACGACGACCCCCCUGUGAAUGGUUCAGUGAGUAACACAUGCAAGCAGUGGGCUAGCCCGGCCCCUUACCCGUAUCACAUACUAGACUAGCAUAAAAGAUAUAUUAGAGAGUUUCAGUACUGCCAGGAGUGUUUGAACCCGACACACAUGUUGCCGCUGUUUCUCCAGCUCCGGAUAAAGGUGUGACGGUCGGUGCUAACAUGAGGUGGACAUAGUUUUGGUUUACGUUUUUGACGAUCACCAACCACACGACUGCCUUAGUUGGUGCAACUACAGAAGCAGGCUUUUUAGAUAACGAGUAUCGUAGGACGAAUCUAAAUAUUGCUAACUGCUGAAUGGUGAAUGUUGCCGUGUGGUCAUUCGUUCAUCAGCUAAAACCCCCGACCACGUGUGCUGUGUUCGGUUGCGCGACAUGCUGCUGCGCGCUUGCUGUAGUUUAUAUUGGCACCGUGUUUUUAUGUACAUUUUGUGGAGAAACAAUAAUGAGAACUUCAUUACAUAACAAGCAGCUAUAUUGUUAGAAGUACGAGAUACGGGAUGACCUACCAUAAAUAAACAAGAUCUAGCGAAAAAGGUGUAACGAAACAAAGUGAUAACGGAACUGGUGGCGUUGUUGAGGAAUAGAGAAUGUUUACAAUGACGUGAUUGAAAACGCCCAUACAUGGUCAAAUAGAGUAUAAAUGUUACAUAAGUGAAUCAAAAUAUAGCGAAAAGGAUUAUUCAAUUUAUACAUCACGCGUAGAAGACUAUAAACCACCAGUCAUUAAAAGAAACUUCCCAUUGGUAGUAUAUUGCUUUAUCAGGUGAAAUGAUUCUAAUUCUCGGUCAAGCAAGAAAUGGUGACUGGAAAUGUGAAAAAUAUUUUAGUAUCAUACAAAACACAGAACAAUAUGUCAUACAAAAAAUAAAAAAAGUCAUCACAAGUA